GUAUGCUUCUUCACUGGCAUAGCUUGCUGGGCUACUUGAAUGGAGUGGAGCCAUCUUCAAUGUUAUUAGUUAGACCUUUGCUUUUCCGGCAAUAACAAGUCAAAAUGUCUGUUGUGAAAAGGUCUAUUGUGCAUGUGCAGGUGAGUUAAAGACUAUAAACAAACUACAACCAAUUCAAUUCUAUUUCAGUGAAUAGAAAUAGUAGCACUGCUCUGAUUGAUGGCCAAACUAUGAACGCCAAAAUGUCAACCAGUGCUGCAGAUUUUACAUUUUUACAUUAUCCUCAUUUAACCCUUUUUAAUAAAUGCAAAAUAUAUAUUUUUUUCCACAAAGAAGUACAUAGUGUUUGAGGUUAUAAUUUAAACACUACAGAGUGGUAGACCCCAUACCAGGGCUGCUGCUCUUCUGUUGGUGCUGACCUCUGACCCUGUGGAGGUUCACAAGCUAGGUACACGAGAAGAUUUACCUCUGAGCAUCUUUAGUCUCAAAAAAACUGUUCUUAGCAGUAGUUACGGCCCAAACAUUUCAGUUUGAGUUACGUGAAGACAGACCCUUCCUAAAGCAUUAGCCACAGAUUUUCAGAAAAUCUAUUUUUUUUUUUUUGUUUUUUUUCAAAAUUGGUGUUGUUAUUUUAUUUAGUCUAACAUUACAGAAAGUGAGACGGUCGAGUUUUUGUCCUCUGAGCUCUUCUCUCACCCACCAGAUGGAGACAGGAGGCCGGAAAUCUUUCUCCUGGAUUUAACAUGUAGCAUAGCAGCACUGGUCUGCCAUUCAAUACUAGAAGCAAUUAAAGCAUAAUACGGUAGUAAUUGCACCAUUUGUAUAUUUUGGAAAUGCAGUAUCACAUCUACUAUGGAAAAUGGAAGCAAGAGACCAUUCUUCACAGUGUUUAAUAAUUAUCGUUAUUAUUUGCUACUAACUAUUAAGUUCUAUUUUUUAAACUUGUUAUUAUAAUCACAGUUUAAUCAUUUCCCAGUUUUUUUUUUUUACUUAAUUAUUCUAGUAUAACGUUACUUGGAUAACUUUUCUGUCGUCUAUGUUGAACUGCAGACUGAAAUGUACGCUAGUAAGCCUGACGGACUUUUGUCACGAUGGAUUGGUUACAAGAAACUGCAAAAAUGCUACUGCACAAAACCAAACACUGCAGUUGAAUGAUUUUACUUCUUGGGUAACAUACUGUGUAACACAUACCUUUUGCAAAACAUGUUAGCGACGCAGGAUUUUAUUUUGGAAUUUUCACCGGAAGUAGUAUAAAACCUGUCACUGAUAGCAUAAUAGCAUAGCUAGCUAACAGAAGUGCCUACCUGCUCCUGAAGAAAACAGCGAAGUCCCGCGCUGGUGGGACGCCUCUCAUUAUGGCUGUGUUGUGGUGUAAAUUGUGACAACUAACGCCAUCAUGAUGAACGACAUCAUAGAGGAACCAGAGAAGGACACUCUGCUGGAAGCGCAGCCGGAGCCACAAGUUUUGUCGGGGCCCAGUAGUGGCACAAGACCUAAGACCGCUGAUGGUGGGAUCAGACCUGUGGAGAAAAGAGGACCUUACAUCAUGUCCAGAGCUCCUGCAAUCCACCUCAAACUGCAGAAACACAGGGAGAUGGCGAGGAAAGCACUGAAGAAGAAAGCCCUCUCACUAGGACCUCCAGUGAUACAUCAGCCCAGACAAGGCUCUAAGAGUUCUCCUUUUAGGAUGGUGAAGUAUAACAAGGGCUACGCUGCUUUGAGUCAGCACGCUGAGGACUCUUUGGUUGCGGUGGACUCAGACAGUGAUGAAGAGAUUGAUUUUGAGCAGUAUUCCUCAGGAUACUCUUCAGCUGAGGUCCAUCCUGAUUUAAGCAGGCAGCUGCUUCAGGACGGCUACCGUCUGGAUGAGAUCCCAGAUGACGAGGACCUGGACUUGAUUCCGCCCAAAGCCAUGGGCUCCUCUGUGUGCUGCUGCUCCGAGGGCCCGUCCUGCUCCAUGCAGUGAUGCCGGUGCAGUGACUCGAACCUUACAAAGGCUUGGCUCCAGUUCAUGUCCCUGACUUUAGUUACUGGUGUCUGAGGCCUUCUUUCUAACUAAGCUCCACUGCUGUGCUGCCUGAGGACUUCCAGCUCUGAAGCCAAAUUUUCCAGUUCAUGCAGGACUGCGUGCACAGAGAUCACUCAACCUACAUGAAAACGCGGAUGGACGUAAGAACCAGCCUUAUCCACUGUGACCCCAAAGCUUAACGCAUUUUUCUUUUUAUAGAACUACAUGAAAUGCUAACUAUGCCACUGCUCCAAAUAGAGUGGCAGAGUAAUUCAUUGUUUAGAAUAUGUCCUCCUUGACCCAAAGGAGAGCGGGUUUCUGUCUUUUCUGCUCUGGUGAACAGGUCUGCAGCCCUCUAAGCACAACAUGCUUAGAUGUAUGAGGUAUUGUUGUUUUAAUGUUCCAGGUGAAUUAGAAUUUUUCAGUUAUUAACUAACUGCUAUAUGAAGGCACCUCACUUGACCAUUGACAUUCCCUACUACUGUUGCAUUAACUGCCUGUUUUUUUUUUGUUUUGUUUUGUUGUUUUUUUUUCUUCCUCAAAAAUGACAUUUGAGUUUGAUUCCAAAAUGACAUUGCCACCACUGGGAAAAAAUAUGACACCUAUUCCAACAUAAAUAACAUGUUAAAAGAUAUGUUUUUUUACUAUGAAACAGAGCACUGAAUUGAAACAAGUGUUUUUCAGAAGAGAGUCAUUACAUUUUAGUGUAGUUAAUUUAAGUUGUCAUUGAGGAAACUGCUAUAUACCAAGAAGGACUCACCCUCUGCCUGUAGAAGAUAUACUGUACUGACAGAAAAGCAUAAUGAAAAGUUGUCCUACAAAGUUACCCACUGUUUGGAAGAGUAACACCGACACUUACCAAAUGUUACACUACUGUAUAUGGAACAAAAUGUAAGCAGAGGAGUUAAGUGCUUUGGUAGACGAACCAAUGACAUUUGAUGGACUUUACAAUCUCUGUAUUGUAGAAAUAAGUUUCAUUCCAGAAACCAAUAUCUGUCACUUUUAAAAAAGCUAUUACAAAAAGAUUGUAGGCAUAAAAACAAAAUAAAUUACAGAUUCCCAUAUAAGUGAUCUUAUAUGUCUUAAACAUUUAUUUAUGUGGUUAGAUAUGUAUACGUUUAUAAUUUAAAUCCUCUGUUCUUAUUGAUAUGCUUCAAAAAACAAUUUGGGAUGGAUAGGAAUAAUUCAAAAAUAGAUUUACAAAAUGCCAAAAAUGUAUAUGUAGCAUUUUGGAUUAGAACCCUGUCCAGGAUCUAAUACAACACUUAAAAGGGAUAUUUCAUCCAUAACACAUCAGAGUGUGUGGACGGCAGAUUUGAGUUACAUUAUUUUAUUUAUUUAUUUAUUAGUAUAUUAGGGACACUAAAAAUAGUUGUUACAGGUUAAAAGCAGUAAACUGGAUUUGCAUUAAGAUUGAGGCAUUUGUCUACCCUUGUUAUUUGUAAACCAUAUAUCAGUUUAAACUGUGUAUUUUCUGUUUGUGUUAUGAUGUGUCUGUUGUUUCCUACACAAUAGACACAUGGAUGUGCUGAAAAUGGAAAUUGUUAAUUUAAAAAAAACAACAUAUAUAUUAUUUUCUUUUUCCACUUUUAAAAAAUGUAUCUGUUCACUCAUGUUACAGUCUGGUUCAUAUUUUACUAUAAAUUGUUGGUGUUCAUUUUGAAACUGUGCAUUAACAAAAAUGUUUCAAUAUCAGAGCAAGUGACAGUGAUCACUUUCUCAGGAGAUGUGUUUGUGUGUGUGAGUGAGUGUGCAACUAGAAAGUAAUUUGCCUUUCACAUACAUUUGUAAAAUACAAUAAAAUUGCACAACUGUUUAAGUGCAUAGAGGUUUCAAGUCAGGAUAAAUGUAUGGCUGCUGUUUUACUUAACUGCAGACCACACUGUUAUUUCUCAUGCUGUGACGUUGGUUGUUACAAGGCGUAACUCUCAGUCAUAAAUAAAUGGUAUAGCAGACCACUUAACCACCAUAAAGAAGUUAAGGACUGGAAAGAGUAUGACAUUGUUUUCCAAGAAAAAGGAGGAACCUUGAUUUGUACUUCACAGAGUCGGGAUCAAUUCACUAAUUCAAAUUCAGAAAGUGGAUUUUGUUAAAACCUUUGCAAUGAUAAUGCUAGGUGUUGAAAAUGAGUAAUGUACACUCAGUCUCCUCACAGCACUCCAGGUUUGUAAUGUGGGUGAUUUAGGAAUAAAAGCUGAUUCUACUUUUACACUAAGUGUGAGUCACUUGAUGCAAGUGUGAGGUAAAUGCUUUAGAUGUAACAGCUGAAUUUAAAGUGGAUUGACUCCGGCCCUGGCUCUGCACGAUGUUUUUAUGUACACUAAUAUUGCACUUAACACCAGUGGUCAGUAGCAAGUACACUUGACUCACCUGUACUAUGCAACUAUUGGGACAAUCUGCUUGUUAUACAACAUUGUGACAAUAUAGUGUUAUUGAGUGCUAAAUGCAAUAACUUAAAUAGUUGUUGUAUAAUGGUAAACACUAGCCCUUUUUUUAUUUGAUUGUACCGUUUAUGGGUUUACAUUAUUAAAUACAACUAUUAUCUAUA